GCACGUACGUCCGACUGUUCACAUGUCUGUUACGGAGCAAGUGUUCAUUUUCUUGCACAUUAUUGGUCAUAAUGUGAGGUUUCGUGUAAUGGGUGGUCGGAUCUAUAGAUCAACUGAGACUGUUCAUAGAUACUUCAAAGUUGUCCUUAGGGGGGUCCUGAAAUUAUAUAGAGCUCUAAUAAGACUGCGUAGCGAAGAUACACCUCCAGAGAUAAGGAAUAGCAGAAGGUUUUACCCAUAUUUUAAGGAUUGUGUUGGAGCAAUAGAUGGUACACAUGUUCGUGCAUCUGUGCCACCUGAAAUACAAGGAAGAUUUCGUGGUCGCAAAGAUGGAACCACGCAAAAUGUGUUAGCUGCCAUUAGUUUCGACUUAAAGUUCACUUAUGUGUUGGCUGGAUGGGAAGGCAGUGCACAUGAUUCACGUGUAUUAAAUGAUGCAUUUGCUAGGCCAGGGGGAUUUUCAAUUCCCAAUGGUAUUACACGAUUACUUCACCCUUUUGGUUUGUUAGUUUAAUAAAUAUUAUGUGUUUUCCUAAACAUAGUAGUGAUUUGGUUUUUUUUUUAAUAUAUGUAGGUAAAUUUUAUCUUGGUGAUGCUGGGUAUGGUAAUAAAAAUGGAAUAUUGUCACCGUAUCGGAGUGUACGAUAUCACUUGAAAGAGUUUAGUGAUCGUCCUCCUGAGAAUGCGCAAGAAUUGUUCAAUCUCCGACACUCUUCAUUGAGAACUACCAUUGAGCGAGGGUUUGGAGUGGUGAAAAAACGUUUUCGAGUGUUGGAUGCAGAACCAUAUUGGUCUUUCCCAACCCAAGUGAAAGUAGUGUUAGCGUGUUGUGUGGUUCAUAAUCACAUUAUGGGGGUUGAACCAAAUGACCAUAUUAUGGAAGAUGCAAUGAACCAAGUAGAGCUUAGUGACCACCAAGAAGAAACACAGUCUCGUCGGGAGUCCGUCGAAGAUAGUAGAUCAUGGAAUGCUAAGAGAGAUGAGAUAUGUCAAGCCAUGUGGUCUGAUUAUAUCAGGAGUGGAGAGUAGUACUUUAUUUAGAUUUUUAUGAUUGUAAUGUGUUUUUUCUUUUUGUUUUUUUUUAAAGACAAUGUAUGUAAUAUAGACUUUUGGUGAUGUAAUGAAAAAGUAUUUUUAGCAUUACAUUGUUAUUUGAUGGUAUUACAUUGUCAUUUCCAUAGUUAGCAUGUUCCGUUCUAUUGUGCACAUUCAUAAGCGUGGUUGUAUGUGUGUUUGAUUUGUUAUUCAUGUUCCGAGUGUAAUUACUGAAUGCUACUCUCACUAUACUAUUUUCGUAUGUAGUAAUGUCAAAGGGUAAGGAAAAAGUUAGCGGCAGCAAGCAAUUUAGGUGGCUGCCACCUAUGCAUGAGAUGAUGCUAAAGAUAUUAACAGAGGAGGCUGGAAAGGGCAAUAAGCCCUCUAAUACUUUUAGGGCCGGCUCCUUUGCUCUUGUAGCGAAGGAGAUAACGGCCCAUUUCGGGGUUGAGUGCCACCCUGUAUUUGUGGAGAACCGGAUGCGGACUCUAAGGUCCAUGUGGGCAACUAUUCAAGAGCUUAGAAAGAAGAGUGGAUUCGGUUGGGACGAAAAUCUGAAAAUGAUAACGUGUGACGCUAAAACCUACCAAGAAGAAGUUAUGGCACAUCGGAAGCAUGCCGAGUAUCUGAACAAAAAAAUUGAGUUUUACGAUGAAUUAGCGAUUGUGGUGGGGAAGGAUACAGCCACAGGUGCCUUUGCUAAGUCUGGAGUGGAUAUCGAAAAUGAGCCAGAUAAUGGGGAUAAUGGGGAUAGUGCAGAGUUUGUGGCAGAUAAUGUGGAUGAAUGUGUGGUUGAAAAGGGGAAGAACGUAAAUGAAUCAUCCACCACUGGGUCGGGAAUUUCCAAGUCCCGCAAAAGAGGGCGUGCAGCUUCUACUGCUGAUGAUAGUGUGCUGACUGAUCUGUCUGGUCAGCUGAAGGAAAUAGCUGUCGCUCUAAAAGAAAUUAAUCGAGGCCCGGUAGAUUACACAACUUUGUAUAAUGAGGUAAUGGCUAUGAUGGCGGAUGGAUAUAGCGAAGAUAUGCUCGCUACUGCCUUCGACCAUCUUUGUGAGAAUGAGAAGACGGCACGUGGAUUUUUAGCAAAGAAUGCUAGGUUGAGGAAGUUGUGGUUAGAUGGUUAUUUUUUCUCACAAAUUUGAUUUGCUUAUUUCAUGUUGACUGUGAUGGUAGAUUUAGGAAUUAACUAGACAUUGUAGUAUUAAUAUUGACGUAUCAAUGUAUUAUAUAUGUACUCUUUUGUAUUAUUGGGACGAUACAAUUGCCCAAAUUAUGUAUUUCGAAUGAUUAUGUUUGAUGUUGAACCAAAUGUGCUGCAAUUUUUGUAUUGUUACAGAUAUGUAUAGGGAAUGCAGGUUCUUCAAUUU